AUGACUAAGAAUCAGGAGGAAGCUCUGAGAAGGGAACUCACUGAGUUGGGGAGUGUGAUGAGGACUUUUGCCAAUAAAAAUGAUGGGGUAGAACAGUCGAUAAGGGCAAUGGAACAUAGGCGGGAGAGCACAGAUAGGGCCAUAAAAAAUUUAGAUCAGAAAUAUGAAGGGAUGAUGAACAUGAUGGCUCAGAUCAUGGCCAAACUAAAUGACAAAGGAAAGGAGGUAGAAGGGGGUAGUUCUGGGAGUGAGACUAGGAUAGCAGUCACCACAGAUACAGCUGAGAGGGUGGGGAGUAAAGGUGGAGCCAGGCUACCAAAGAUGGACUUCCCUGCAUUCGAUGGAAACAGCCCCAGAGAGUGGGUUAGAAGGGCGAACAAAUACUUCCAGAUCCAUGGAGUGGAGGAAGGCCUGAAGUCAGACAUUUCUCAGCUCCAUUUCCAGGAGAAGGCAGACAUCUGGUUCCAUGGCAUGUACCACGAGAAGGGGGUAGUCCCAUGGAAGGAACUAGCAAUGGCAGUCUGUGAGAGGUUUGGAGAGGGAGAUCCAGAGGAGGCCAUAGAGGAAUUCAACAAACUGAUGCAGACAGGAAGUGUCACUGAGUACCUAGAGAAGUUUGAACAACUGAAAUCUAUGGUAAUGUUAUCUCUCCCUGGUCAACCUGAUUCCUAUUACAAAUCAUGUUUCCUUAGUGGCUUAAAGGAGGAAAUAGUAAGUAUGGUUAGGAUGACCAGACCCCACACCUUAGCAGACACCAUUGAGGCUGCAAAAUUGCAGGAAAGGAACCUGGAAGCCAUUAGGAAAACACAGGGAAAGAUGAUGCACAAAUAUACGCCCUCACCUGGUAUCCCACCUAUUAACAAACAAAACUUCACCCCACAUACCAAAAUGAAGUGGCCUAACUUCCAGUAUAAGAAACCAGAGACUUUUUCCAACCAAAACACCAAAACAGGAACUCAUACAGCAAACCAAUUCAGAAAAAUCACCCCCUCUGAACUAAGUUACAGGAGGGAAAAGGGGUUGUGUUUCAAGUGUGCAGAGCCAUAUACACUGGGGCAUAUCUGCAAACAAGCUCACCUAAAUUACAUGCUGAUAGAUGAUCCAUGGGGAGCAGGGGAGAACUCAGAUGAACCAGGGAAGGAGACAGAGGAAUUCUGUGAUUGUCCAGAAGGGGAAUUGAGUAAUCAAAACAUAGAAGUGUCCAUUCAUGCGUUGGCAGGAGGGACUGAGCAUAAGACACUUAAACUUAAGGGUAAGAUAGCAGGAAUGGAGAUCAUAAUUCUGGUAGAUAGUGGGAGUACUCACUGUUUUAUUGAUGAGAGGUUAGCAGAAACCAUACAACUACCAGCUAUUGGGAAUCCAUUAACAGUCAGGGUUGCCAAUGGUGAGCAACUAGAGUCCAGACAGUUACAGGGAGCCGUACAGUGGGAAAUGCAGGGAAACAAAUUCACACAUCAAUUCAAUACCUUGAAACUAGGAAGCUGUCAUAUGGUCCUUGGAGUAGAUUGGCUAGCCAGGUAUAGCCCUAUUAAGUUUGAUUUCAGGCAGCUCUCCAUGAGGUUCCUGCAAGGAAGGCAACCAGUGGAGUUGAAGGGAGAAGUCAGCAAACUCAAGCUCAAGGCCAUCAAGGGGAGUAAACUAACAAAAUGGAGGAAAAAACAGGCAUAUGGAAUAUCUGCCCAGCUGUGUGUGUUGGAGGAAGGGAAGGAGGACACUGAAGUAAUACCAGCAGAGAUGAAGAGUUUGCUGGACAAAUUUGAAGGAGUAUUUGCUGAACCUCAAGGCAUGCCUCCCAGGAGGAGCCACGACCAUAGCAUCCCACUGAAGCAAGGAGCUACCCCAUUCCAGGUCAGGCCAUACAAGUGCCCUUAUGUACAGAAAUCAGAAAUAGAAAGGUUGGUGAAAGAAAUGCUACAAAUGGGAAUCAUUCAGCCUAGUAAUAGCCAUUUUGCAUCUCCAGUAUUACUAGUCAAGAAAAAAGAUGGUAGUUGGAGGUUCUGUGUAGAUUACAGACAACUGAAUGAACUCACCAUGAAGGACAAAUUUCCUAUGCCUCUAAUAGAUGAGCUUCUGGAUGAACUGCAUGGCUCAAAAUACUUCACCAAAAUUGACUUGAGGGCUGGAUAUCAUCAGAUCAGGGUCAAGGUGGAGAUAUACACAAGACAGCUUUUAGGACUCACCAAGGCCUUUAUGAAUUCAAGGUUAUGCCCUUUGGGCUGA